AAGAGUGAUGAUGGCUACUGCACCCCGAUUUUGUUGUACGAAAAGAAGGAGACGAGAGAAGAAUCGAAAAUGAUGCCCAAAUUUCCGUGUUAACCACAAUUAACUUUCCUUCAUGAUUCAACUUUCCCUUUAAAUUUUCCUUUCUAUCAUCCAAAGAUCAAUCUAUUGCAGAGUCUUAGAUUCAGUGCAUGUUUUAUCUGUCUCUGCAUGUCCAAUGCUUCAUUCUAACGUACAAAACCACAAUUUUGAAUCUGAAUAAUUCUUAAACAACACCGAGAGAUCAGAAGUAAUAAAAUCACCCAUAUGCAAAGGUUCUUCAUUUCGUUCGUGCAUAUUUAGCCCCAUCGAAGUUUCUUCAUCUGGGUGUUCGUUUAUUGGAUCCGGGGCAUUGUAAGAUUACAUCUUUUCAAGCAUCAAAUGGUUAUCGAACAUUGCCAUUUUCUGGGUAGUUGGGAAUGAUUGCCUAAGGUUUCACACUUCCGUUUCUAGGGUUUAUGUCGGUUGUGUUUGGAGAUACUCUUUUGACUCCAAAACAGUCUGACCGCGAAAAGAUCGGUUCUUGGUGAUCGCAGUGUUCAAUUCAAUAAGUACUGGGAUCGAUUCUUUUUUGGAGAGAAUAUUUUCUUUUGAGCUUUGAGAUUUAUCCGUUUAAUAUUUUCUUUAUUUUUCUUUUCAUGGUGAUGCUAGAAUAUCAUAGCAAGAUUCUGGUGUUAUUAUGUUUAGAUUAAAGAACUGUGAAGGCCCUGUGCGGUUCUUGUAUCAGCAAGCUCGGCAUCACCCUCACCAUAACAAUCUCAUGGCUUAUUUAGUAGGUUUCGAUCCUUGCUCCCACUUGAGUAGGGCCUUUUCGCAGUACCCUUCUCUCUCUUCUUCUGAUCGUGGCUGCUAUUUGUCUUUCCCACUUCUCCAUAAACUUGUUUAUGCAAAUGUUUUUGGGGUUAGAAGAAGCAUUGGUUUUGGUCGUAGAGGUUGUGGCUUUGAUACUAGUGGUAGUUGUAGUGGUAAUGGUGAUAGGAUCUUUGUGAAGGCUAAGGCAAGGUCCCGUGGCUUUGCAUCGAAUCGUCGCCAGCCGAUGUUGGCUGAUUUGGAGAAAAGGAAUUCUGUUAAGAGUGAUGAAUCUGAUGCUACUUUGGUUAAGAUUGAUGAUAGAUCUAUAAAUGGAAGUCCUGCUAAACCUCCUUGUUUCAAUGAUCACCGAUUGUCCCAGAAACUUGUUGUUGCCGUUGAUGUUGAUGAGGUAUUAGGAAACUUCGUGUCAGCUCUCAACAAGUUCAUUGCAGAUCGAUAUUCAUCAAAUUAUUCAGUUUCUGAAUAUCACGUGUACGAGUUUUGUAAGAUAUGGAAUUGUUCACGUGAUGAAGCUGACAUCCGUGUACAUGAAUUUUUUAAGACACCAUAUUUCAAGUCAGGGAUCCACCCUCUUCCAGGUGCUCAUACGGCUCUUCAGAAGUUAUCAAGAUUUUGUAGCCUAUCAGUUGUAACUUCACGGCAGAAUGCAAUUAAGGAUCACACAAUCGAGUGGAUAGAGAAAAAUUUUCCUGGACUGUUCCAUGAGAUUCACUUUGGUAAUCACUUUGCUCUUGAUGGUGUGUCAAGACCAAAGUCAGAAAUUUGUAGGUCCUUAAAUGCCAAGGUUCUUAUCGAUGAUAACCCUCGAUAUGCCAUAGAGUGUGCUAAUGUUGGAAUUAGAGUCCUGCUUUUUGAUUAUGAAAAUUCAUAUCCUUGGUGCAAGAGCGAGUCAACGGAAGAACACCCUCUGGUGACCAAAGUAAAGAACUGGGACGAAGUUGAACAACAAUUAAUGUCAUUGAUUGCCUCUUAGACUUUAAAUCCUGUCACAAGAAUUUCUGCAAAAUCACCCUUUCUACAUUAAGUUCCGGACUAUUUGUUAGAAACAUGUUAUAUAUAUAAUAGAUAUUCUUGAAGACGUGGCUGCAAGAAGACCACCUAGAGGUAGUAAUAGGAUUUUUCCAUUUUGAGCAACUUGAAGGAAUGUUAGAAUAGGAAGUUGUUCAUUUUGGUGGAACUUACCAUACGUAUAACCAGGCUAAGAUUUGUUUAGACCCUCUGAAUGUCGGAGGGAAAUCUAGAUAAUUUUUGUUAUGCGAUCCUACAUUUAAUCUUAACUAUCAAAUUGUAUGAUCUCUGGUGUUGAACAAUGAUUAUACAUGAAAUACAAGUGCAAAACCUCAGGGGUUUCAAUCA